AUGGUGUCGGCCUUCAUCACGCCGUUCGGCCUGUUCGAGUGGCUGCGUAUGCCCUUCGGGCUGAAGAAUGCGCCGCAGAUCGAUCAGCGACUCUUGGACAAUGCACUGUACGGCUAUAUCCGGAUCCCGGAAGGCAGCGACCAAUCCGGCGCUGUAGACGUAUUCCAAGCUGAUCGACUCUUGAAUGCGUGCGACCAGUGGAACCUGUCCAUCAGCGUGGUGAAGAGCUUGUGGGUUUGCCGUAAGGUAGAUUACCUAGGACACCGCGUACCGGUGGCCGUGGUAUAUGCGAGCGAUUGGGCGAUCUCCGCAGCCUUAGUGCAGGAGCAUGAUGGCACGUACAUGCCGGUGACAUUCACCAGUCGCACGCUGGAGCCCAACGAGCUCAACUAUGGUACGGCCAAAAAAAGAUUCUGGCUCAUCUCCGGAUCCUGGAUCAUGGCUGAUGCAAUCUAUAGGAUUCCAAGGCCGACUGGGCAACUGGCCGACGCUGCUAGUCCCUUGGACGCUCAGAUCGUCAAGUGUACACGCGGCGAAGACGAGAUCCUGGACGAAGAACUGUUAGUCGUGAGUUUCGAUGGAUCAGCACGGGUCAAACGAGGCGGUGGAGCGUGUAGCGCUAUUGUCUGGAAGUUACCUGAAUGGAUUGUCGUCGCCGCCGAAUCGAAGUACUUGCACGACCUGACGGUGAAUGAGGCGGAGUACCAGGGCCUGUUGUUAAUAUUCGAUUUGCUCUCCAGCUUGGAUCGGGGACGCCUGAUCAUAUGCGGGGACUCCAACGUGGUGACAAGGCAGAUGCGAGGCGAAAUAGAGUGCAAGGCACCAGGUCUGACUCCUCUUCAUCGACGGGCAUUAGAUCGGUUGAGAACAUGGCCGGCCCACGAGUUCCUGCACGUCAAGCGAGACUGGAACCAGGGCGCAGACAGGUUAGUCAACACUGCAUUACAUCAGUAA